AUGGAAGAAAUUAAUGGAGAUCUUUAUGGUGAUGGAUUAGUUAGUCUUGGAGGUGAAGGUUCUUUAGAACCUACUGAAAAUGGCAAACAGGAACAAAACUGUAAAAUUUGCGACAAUAAACUAUGCAGUCCUCGAGUUUUAUCUUGUCUUCAUGUAUUUUGUGAAGCUUGUAUUGACAAGUUGAUGGUAAAUGAAGCAGGUGAUUCCCUAAAGUAUGAUCUGGCUGUGGAAUGCCCCUUGUGCAAGCAGGAAACUAAGAUGCCUGGUGGAGGGGCUGCAUCACUUCCCUCUGAUUAUGUUCUCACCAAUAUUCUUGAUGUUUCUUCUAUGGAUCAAUCUGUUGUUUGUACCUGCUGCAAGAGUAAGGAACCAGCAGUCGCUAGAUGUACUGAUUGUUCUCAUUUUCUUUGUUCUAAUUGCAACUCAGCUCAUGAGUUUAUGAGGUGCUUUGAAAACCACAGAGUUGUACCUUUUGAUGCUCUCAGGUCUUCUAAAGAGAAAUCUGCUGUUCAUAAGCCAAUCUUUUGCACUCGCCAUGUUGGUGAAAGCCUUAAAUUUUAUUGUUGUGAAUGUGAAGUUGGCGCUUGCACUGAAUGUCUUACUGUGGAUCAUAAGGUUGGAGAACAUCGUUGUGAAAGAAUAGUUGAUGCUGAACCAAAUCUUCGAGCUGAAUUAAGAAAUUUUAUUGUGCAAGCUAAUGCUCGAGCAGAGGCUGCUGGUAGUGCAUCUGCAAAACUGGAUGAUGCCUUAGGCGAUCUUCAGCGCCAGCGAGACGAAGCUGAAGGUGUUAUCAACGAAGCUUUUCGUGCGUAUAAAGCUGCCCUUGAAAGACGCCGUGAAAAAGCUCUUGAAGAACUUGAACGCUUACAUAAAGAACGAGAAUUAAAAGUAAUGGAUUUAUUUGAUCGCGUUGACAAGACUGUCCAACGAAUUGAUUGUGCUUGCAAAUUUGCAACAAGGCUGCUAAGGCGCGGUGAUGGCACAGAGAUAGUUAUGUUAAAGAAAACCGUUGCUUCACAAUUUGCACGUCUAUUGGAAGGAGCUCCAGAGUUUGAUAUCGAUUACUCUUUGGAAUUUGUUACCAAAUUAGAAAAGUUUGAUGCAGUUACAGAAGAGACGUUUGGUACAUUCCGGACUGAAGCGACACGCGCCGAAGAGAGAAAGCGGGCUAGUGAAUCAUCAGCAAUUGUGUCGGUGGCAUCAAACACACAUUCUCCAGCUGUUUCCGUAACAAAUGCGUCGGUGUUUGAUGAUUUUCCCCUGGGGAAUGUUCGAAGAGUGACUGGUGUGUCAGGGCCUGGAAGUUUAGUUGGUGUGCCUGGCGUAGGGGUUGUGCCACCUAUCGGUGUGCCGGGUGUACCUUUACCAGGGGUUACCAAUACCAGCGUUAUGCCUGGCGUGGUCAACGUUAAUAGUGUACCUGGAGUCGGCACUGUCCCUGGCGUGGGUGGUGUACCUGCCUUGCCAUCAAUGGUGGAAUAUAAUUUACAACAGUUAGCCAGCAUUGCAGAAAAGGAUGUGCCACCUCCACCACACGCUUCUCCAGCCCCGCCGUUUACACUUGCUGAGUUACUGGCUGGUGAUCUUAAUUCGCCCCAAGCUUUUAAUAAUCUUCAAGCUCUUGCUAAGCUCGGGCUAAAUACUGAAGUGAAUGGAUUUGGUGGUGUCGGUGGCGUAGGUGGAAUCGGUGGUGUAGGGGGAGUAGGACCGCGCGGUGUAUCUCCGGGAAGGCCACUUCUUACAGCUGCAGAGGAGGCUGCGUUAGUUGCGCCCCCAGCUCCUCUUGUCCGUGCUACUAAAGCUACUCCUAUGCAUAUAAGGUUUAAAUUUGGCCAACUUGGCGGUGGCAAAGGCCAAUUUAAUUCGCCUCAUGGAUUCUGCCUUGGAAAUGAUGAAGAUAUCAUUGUUGCUGAUACCAACAAUCACCGUAUUACUGUUUUUGACAAAUCGGGUACUCACAAGUUUAACUUUGGUGUAGCUGGUAAAGAGGAAGGCCAGCUCUGGUACCCGCGUAAAGUGGCCGUUGUUCGAGCUACGGGGAAGUUUGUUGUUUGCGAUCGGGGAAACGAGAGAUCUCGUAUGCAAAUAUUUACCAAAAAUGGUCAUUUCUUGAAAAAAAUUGCUGUACGCUUUAUUGACAUUGUUGCUGGGUUGGCCGUCACCGCCGAAGGUCUGAUAGUAGCUGUGGACAGUGUUACGCCUACAGUUUUCAUCUUAUCUGAGGAAGGCGAUCUCAUGAGCUGGUUUGAUUGCAGUGAGUGUAUGAGGGAGCCGUCCGAUAUUGCUAUUAGUGGUAAAGAAUUUUACGUCUGCGAUUUCAAAGGACACUGUGUGGUUGUCUUUGACGAUGAGGGCAGGUUCCUACGUCGUAUUGGAUGUGAGAAUGUCACUAAUUUCCCAAAUGGCAUAGAUGUGUCCGACGCUGGUGAUGUCCUCAUUGGUGAUUCUCAUGGAAAUAAGUUUCAUGUUGCUGUGUUCUCUCGAGAUGGCGUUCUUGUUACUGAAUUUGAGUGCCCUUAUGUCAAGGUUUCUCGUUGUUGCGGUUUGAAAAUUACAUCGGAAGGUUAUAUCGUCACUCUGGCUAAGAAUAAUCACCACGUUCUAGUCCUCAACACCCUAUAUAUUGUCUGA